AUGAGUUCUGGGUCUACUCUCUGUGCCCGCUGCGGCGAGAAGAAGCCGACGGACGACUUCGUGAGUAAACGGAAAUCUGCCCGUAACACCAAGAACUGCCUGGACUGUCGCAACCAAUCCAGGGACGCGAUCCAAACGUUAAAGAGCCUCGCUGUCGGCCCUUCCUCAAGUGAGAGUCCUGCUUUGAAGCGAACAGAAGAAGAUGCCGAUCUAUCGCCUCCAAAUGACAGAUCCGGAACCCAGCCUACAUCGUCGGAGAGUAUACGGCAAGGUCAUACAGCGAGGACGUUAUUUAAAGCCUCGAUCAGCCAGCCGCGUGUAGAGCUGGGGACACCAUUGCCGCCAACCCAACAAAGCUCAGGGCUCUUGCGGACACUGGCUCCCUCACCUCCUAUGCAGCGAAUGACCCAUCCGAUCGUCUCACUCUCUGAUCCAGGUACUGUCCGAAACAGCACAACCAGCGUGGAUCACGCUUAUUUAGCAACUAGAUACCGCAGAGGAGGGAAGGACUCGCAAGAUAACCCUUCCACAGCCGGGGCGAGGGUCAAGCUGGCCGCUAUCCAGCGCGACCAUCGCUCACGGCGCCGUGCAGGGGAGACUGUGUCACUGACUCCCUCAAUAUCUCAACUUGGCGUUUUUGAAGCUCUUGGUGGGCCUAGAGAAGUUGCAAGUCAGGAUCAACCACAGCGGAGUGGGUUUCCAGAGGGGGGCGAGAUAGGCAAGGAAUGGCAGGACGGAGGACAGUUCUCCGAGUCUGAUGUUGACGCUGAGGACUUUUUCAACCUUCUUCUUUCGCCUGUUCGACCACGGAGGUACCUUGAGCAAUUAGGGGCAGAGUGCGAUUCCGAUCCAGGGGACGAAGACAACAGAGACGAUGAUGAUUCCGUAGAUGAAAGCCCUCUUCGCCAUCGCCGCGGCAGCCUUCCACAAAGUCAGGGCCUCGUCGCCGUGCUCGCCGUGGUCCUGCCCCUGGUACAGGAGGGCGGCCAAAAAAAUCUCAAAGGCAAACUCGAUCGUCGGGGCCGCCACGACGGUACCGGAGUCCAGUGA